UCCCAAAUGAAUUUAUGAAUGAACUGGUAACUAAAGAAAUGGAUGAUGGAGAAUUCACCGUGGAAAGCCUUUUGGAAUGGAACCAGGUGGUAAAACAAAGAAUGGCAGCGGAGCAGGACUAUGCUGGAAAGUUAGCUCGAUUGACGAAAUCCCUGAAAGGAACCGAAAGUAGCCCUGUGUUGAAAGAUUUCUACAAGAAAAUUAGUAAUGAAAUUAUGAGUUCCAACAAAGAACAUCUAGAAGCGUACCGUUAUUUCCAGCUUCAGGUCUAUGAGCCAUUACAGGAACAUGUGGAACGUGCGAUAAAACGAUCUUCUACAUCUAUACUAUCCAUGGAAGCUACUGAUGUACUCUUGGCUAGCAUGGAAAAUUUUAUACUCUACACGAAUCCGGAAUUUAGCCAGCAACGAGAGAAGUCGCCAUCAUCUUCUUCUUCACUAUUAUCCCUUCAUUCUUCCAAAGCCAGCCCUGAGCUGGAUAGGUCGCUCUCUCCUUCAUACAUUGAGUAUGCUGAGCUAGAAAAUCGUACUUCUAAACUAAGUGAGGCAUUAACGAUGUUACGUCUCAACCCUCUUAUUUCAAAAGAUUUAAAUCACUUUAGCUCUUUAAAAAAGUCGUCUGCGAUACCUGAGAAUAGAGAGAUGCCUUUGCCAGUGAACAUGACUCCGUCAGAAACAUUAAAAGAUACUGCCAAAAGAGACCUGCAAGAUUUUCAUGCAGUCAACGACCCGGGGAAACAUAUAUUUCCCUCUUCAUAUACGAAAAAAGAAAGGGUAAAUGCUUCGCAAGUGCCCAAUACCAGUAGCUGGGAAUUUCCUUUGAUGUCUUCACCUUCCUCUUCUCGUAAUAAUUUGUAUCCUGAAACUAUAAACAAUAAAAAUUCUGAUAAAAAUCACAUUUCUUCUGGGUUUCCUUCAUCAAAGACAGUUCUGUCGGAGAGCGAUAGUUUAAAGAAAUACUUUUCGACACAUCCAUUGAUAACGCCUGAUGGAUUUCCUAUUUAUGCUUACGUUCGGGCAUUGUAUAACUACAGAGCUCUACUUUCUUCAGAAAUUAGCAUGCGAUCAGGCGAUGUACUAAUUGUCUUGAAUCGACAAAAAGACGGCUGGUGGAAGGGUCGUGUUGUUGAACCUACAGUUGGUCCUGUAGGAUUGUUUCCUUCUAAUUACAUUGAAGAAUUAAACCCUGCAUAACGAUAGAAUUAAUAUAUUCAUUUAGCUAAGAUACUGAAAAUGGGUAUUGUCAUAUAAACGUCUCAUACGAACAAUAAAAAUCACAUAACUAUACGCACACAG